ACGCGGGUAGCAGUUAUGACCAAGAUGAGACUCGAGUUGUUGGGAUGCGACACUCUUCCCCUGGAAGGGGUGUACCGCUCGCAGCGGCACGACGUCCUGACGCCGCAGAGUAGCCCGGAAUCGCGCAGCGUCCGCCAGGAACAGCGCAGCGGUGCGAGCAGCGAUGUCGGUUCCGCGACAUCGCAAGGUGACAUGUAUCCGCUAGAUCAGUCCACCUUCGAGCUCGAUCAUCUGCCUCUGCAUAUCCCGACGAUCCUUCAUUCUACGAUACCAAAAUGCGGCGGAUGUCAGGAAGUUAUUUUGGAUAAAUACGUUCUAAGGGUCCUAGAGAGGUGUUGGCAUGCAAGGUGUCUCACGUGUCGGGACUGCGGUGCCAGAUUGACCGACAAAUGUUUCGCGAGGAACGGCCACGUGUUCUGCAAAGACGACUUUUUCAAGCGUUUCGGGACGAAAUGCGCGGGCUGCGGCCAAGGGUUGGCACCUUCGCAGGUGGUACGAAGGGCGCAGGAGUUCGUCUACCACCUCACGUGUUUCUCGUGCGCCCUUUGCUCUCGGCAGCUGGACACCGGCGACGAGUUUUAUCUCAUGGAAGACAGAAAGCUCGUCUGCAAGCCCGAUUACGAGCAGGCGAAGGCGAAAGAACUGGCGGAUGGGGGAAGCAUAGACGGCGAUCAACCUAAUAAGAGGCCGCGGACGACGAUCACGGCGAAGCAGCUCGAGACUCUCAAGCUGGCGUACAACACCAGCCCGAAGCCGGCGAGGCACGUGCGAGAACAGCUGUCCCAGGACACGGGCCUCGAUAUGCGCGUCGUCCAGGUCUGGUUCCAGAACAGAAGGGCGAAAGAAAAGAGGCUGAAGAAGGAUGCUGGUAGGACGAGGUGGUCUCAAUAUUUUCGCAGUAUGAAAGGCGGCGGCGCCGGCGGUCACUCGCCUAGACACGAUAAGCUUCUCGACAAAGACGAGCUGAAGGUAGACUUGGACUCCACCUUUGGCCAUCACGACCUCAGCAACGACAGCUACGGAACGGUGGUGAACAUGGGCCUGGACGGCGAGGGCGCGAGUCCAGGCGGCGGCGGCAACGGAGUCGGGGGCGGACCGCCCCGCGGAUACCUGGGCGCGACGACACCCCCGUAUCUCUCAACGUCCAGAUCGCCGUCCUUGCCACCCCAGUUCCCGUAUCCGCCGGACGCCGGUCUCUCGGUAUACACCACUCUCGGGGGACCGGGCGGCAUGGUGCCAGGACCAGCGUCGGAUCUGAGUAACGAGUCGAGCGGAGGUGGCGGAGGCGGCGGAGGCGGCGGCGGCGGCGGCGGCGGAGGUGGCGGCGGCGGUGGCGGCGGUUACCCCGACUUCCCACCGUCGCCGGACUCCUGGCUCGGCGAACCGCCGCCCCCGCAUGCUCACCAUCACUCUCACUCCCAUUCUCAUUACGCCACAUAACCCGCCAAAACCGCGCGUCGCCAAACGCCGUAUAGAAUAACGUGCUGGCGGAGCGGGGCGUUCACCUGAGAUCGCCGACGCCGGUCCCGUCGUCGUCCUCGUCACCCACGGAGAAACCGAGGGGCGGCUUCCUCCUUCGAUGACGUCUCUUCGAACGAUACAUUUGGCGAAUUUAAUACAGCGCUAACUCGAUCAGGCCCGACCCGGAUAGCACAGCGAAUUCGCAAAGGGUCCUUCAGGUUUCCUUUCUGAAUUGUAAUUCUUCAGGAAUUCGUUGAUCGGGGAAGUUACAUGUACUUCCAUAAUGAAUUUCUGACGAAUACUUCGAGACGAACUGGUCGUGGCUGAUUCUCCAAGAAUCCUUCAGAUAUUCGUGUUCUAAUAUUCCGUCGGUGCAUACAUUCUUUAGAAUGAACACCAAGAAUUAUUUGACGCCAGUACAUGACUAACAAUAGUCACGCGUACAAUCGACCAUAACUGGCAACGUGUUUUUAACACGGAAAGUUUAUCGCGAAAGAUAUUACCUCAGCGCAGGGUUUGAACCUGGACUUCCCUGC